AUGGUGUGCAGCAAUUGUGAGCCAGAGUUCAGGGAGCUGGGGAGAUUGAUCAUAGUGGUGAUGGCGUCGCAGCAGGCGGAGCUUGACGCUAUGAGACGCCGGAACCAAGAGCAGCAGAAUCUCAUAUAUAGACUGCUCAACCCAGCAAUCCUAACGGAGCGAUCCCCAAGCACGCCUACGCCGAGAGAAGAACGGAUGGAGGAGCUGGUCGAGGGAGACCGUGGCCCGGGGACCCCGCGGGACGGAAGCCCACACCUUGAUGAGACCGAGCAGCAGAUCGCGCUGCCCCCGGGCCCGGCUCUGUCUCCGCGGGAGGGUCUCCAGCGGGGUACCCCGACCAUCGAAAGGCUGCCCUCUGAUGGGUCCCCUGGCUCCUCCCCUUCGUCCUCGUCCUCGUCCACAUCUACGUCAUCCGACCGGAGCAUGCCGGCACCGCUACCGUCGGACCCAGGUGGAAAAGGCGACCCGGAUGAUCAGAGCCCCACGCACCAGGACCCUCUUCCCAGGGAGAAGAGGUAUCCCAGACCGAGGCUCAACGGAUCGAGGCACCACAGAGUGGCUGCGACGGGGGGGAGGAGGAGCACGAGGAGCCCUACGAGGACUCGGGAAGCUCGUGGGCCCCCUCCCCGGGGCCCGGGAGAAGUCCCGGGUCCGAGUCGGACGCCACGGCGUCAGCCGCGGGGGAUACUCCGCGGACCAGGAGGUGGAGAGAGAAGGAGCUUCUGGCCCGCGGACCCCCCAUCGUGGGUGUCCCCAAAACUGAGGAGGGACGUGUUCAACAGUGUGUGUUCUGUGGAUACUCCUCGGUAUCGAGGAAUAUCCACAGACACCUUAACCGAAUGCACAAAGGGGGACUGGGAGCCCGCGAGAAGACUUGGUCUCCGGGCAGAAUAUGGGAACCAUGCCAUCACUGGUAUCGGUGAACUUGUGUCGAAGCCUGGUGGUACAUUGUCAUGUACCAUCACACCGAGCGUUGGGAAGGCUGAUACUAGCCUCUCGUUUCAGGCUUAUUUGCUGCCUAAAAUUUGUCCUGAGAUGCCGCCUGAACUUGUCGACCUGUCAUCAUGGCAACAUAUUAGGGGCUUAGAAUUAGCUGACCCCUACUGGCACAUUCCAGGACCUGUUGAUCUAUUGUUGAAUGUCAAUAUUUUCGCUUCUUCGUUGCGCCCAGGUUUAAUCCAUGGGGCCCCGGGCCAGGCGACUGCCGUCAACACCGUUUUCGGGUGGAUUCUGAUGGGAGACGCAGGCGACUGUACUACGGACAUUUGUCGUUCUCGGUUCCGUAACAACAGUUGUCAGCUGGUAGUGGGCAAGUUAUCGCUUGACGACUCCAUUAAGAGGUUCUGGGAGUUGGAAGAUGUCAACUCUCCGAACACCGUCAUUUUAUCGAAGGAAGAUCAGCUGUGCGAGGAAUACUUUCUCGCUAAUUUUCGUCGCACAGAAGAAGGUAGAUUUGUCGUUCCUUUACCUUUUGCUGAUACUUCUAAUAAACCUAUCUUCUCGGGCUCUCGAGCCAUCGCUCUUAAGAGAUUCUUGUCGUUGGAGCGGAAGUUAUUAAGUAACUCCGACUUCUACCAGAACUAUGUAGCUUUCAUGAAGGACUACAAAAGCUGUCGCCACCUUGAGGAAUGUGAUCCUCCAAAGGUGGAUUUGGGGGGGUUCUUUUACAUACCCCAACAUGGAGUGUUGAGGCCCUCGUCGACCAGCACUCCUCUUCGGGUAGUCUUCGACGCUAGUGCCAAGGACAGCCGGGGUGUCUCACUAAAUGACGCGCUACUGCCAGGGCAGAAGCUGCAAAACAACAUCUUCCACUUGCUCCUUCGUUUUCGGUGGCAUAGUGUUGUCUUCACAGCAGAUGUCAAGCAAAUGUAUAGGCAGAUCUUAGUGUCUCCGGAAGAUGCUGAAUAUCAGCGCAUCCUGUGGCGUCCGUCUGUCAAUGAGCCUAUCCGGGACUAUCGGCUGUUGACCGUUACUUACGGCGUGUCCUCAGCUCCCUACCAAGCUCUUCGGACAAUAGCUCAACUGGCGAAAGAAUCAGGAGAAGAAUACCCUUCUGGCUCAGCAGUGCUAGACCGAGACAUCUAUGUCGACGACGUGGUGUCUGGAGCUCAGUCUGUCGAAGAAGCACGGAAGCUUCGAUCGGAGCUGUCUACCAUCUUAGCUUCUGGUGGCUUCCAUCUACGGAAAUGGACGUCCAACCACCAGGAGUUCUUCGAGGGUGUCCCCUCCUCAGACCUAUAUUCCGAGGACUUUCGGGAGUUCAACUCCAUUGGGGACAUCUCACUAAAAAUUCUCGGCCUCUCGUGGUUACCCCAGACGGAUGACUUCACCUUCAAAGUGUCUGUCGAGGAUCGACGGUGCACUAAACGCACUAUCCUCUCAGAGAUCGCUCGAAUCUUCGACCCUCUGGGCCUCCUCUCACCUGUGACGUUCUUCGCGAAGUACCUCAUGCAGUUGCUCUGGGUCUCAGGUGUUUCAUGGGAUGAUGAUGCGCCAGAGAACCUUGCAUCCGAAUGGCAAGAAUUCAAAGCGCAGCUUCCUUCGUUGAAAUCGGUGUCUGUCCCGCGCCGUAUGGUCAAGGAUUUCGUCUCGCUCGAAGUCCACGGUUUCUGCGACGCCUCAGAGCGAGGGUAUUGCGCGGUGGUCUAUUUACGGACGUCAGGUGAGGAUGGAACGCGAUAUGUUCAACUGGUCUGCAGCAAAUCAAGAGUGGCACCUCUUCGUAAGCUGUCGAUACCCCGUCUAGAGUUGCUGGCUGCGGUUCUACUUGCUGACUUGAUAGCAUCUGUUGCAGAGGCUCUGACGCCCCUCCACAAGAUUUGUGAAAUUUGUGCGUGGUCUGAUUCCAGCGUUGCUUUGACGUGGAUAAAGUCUUGCCCGUCCAGAUGGCAAACUUUCGUGGCUAACCGCGUGAGUCACAUUCAGGAUAUCAUCCCUCCAGACUGUUGGCGGCACGUGAGGACUGGUGACAAUCCUGCAGAUUGUGGAUCGCGAGGACUCUUGCCAGAUGACCUGGUUCACCACAAUAACUGGUGGCAGGGCCCAUCUUGGCUAGGUUUGGAUAAGGUUGACUGGCCUAAGUCCACGGUGGCAGUGGAUCUGGACGUUCUACACGAAGAGCGCAAGGUCACUGUGCUCACUGUCUCAGUGAAAGAAUCAUGGACAGACAACCUGAUGAAUAAAUUCUCGUCGCUAAGGACACUGCAACGUGUCCUUGCAUACUGUCGCAGGUUCGCAUAUAACGCGAGGAAUCAGAAGAUGCCCAACAACUUGUUGAGCGGUCCCCUGACACCGCUAGAACUUAAACAGGCCCUCAUGUUCCUCGUGUGCCAUGUGCAAAAGCACCACUUUGCUUCGGAGAUCGAGAAGGUGACAAGUCGUCUUCCGAACUCUCUCCCGAAGGCAUUUAAAAAACUGUGCCCAUUCCUAGAUGACGCGGGUCUCUUGAGGGUGGGCGGACGCUUGUCGCGAGCCUCUCUCGAAUUCGAUGUUAAACAUCCCCUUUUGCUACCUCGCGACAACCGUCUGACCUAUCUCUUGAUUGACGAAUACCACAGGCGUUUCAUGCAUCCGGGCAUCCAAACGCUCCAUAAUUUGCUGGCGCAGCAUUUCUGGAUCAUGAGUCCUAAGCGGGCUAUCUACGCCGUGGUCUCAAAGUGCAUGAAAUGCUUCCGGGUUCGCCCGCUGGGCGCUCCUGCGCCAUUCAUGGGAGACCUACCAGCUUAUCGCAUCACUCAACUGAAGGCUUUUUCGAGCUCAGCGGUCGACUUUGGUGGACCUUUCGAUAUCGCCCUUGGUCGUGGUCGCGGGAACAAGACGUACAAGGGUUACAUCUGCGUCUUCGUUUGCACCGUGACAAAGGCGAUACAUACUGAGCUGGCUACGGAGUUGUCCUCAGACGCCUUUCUGGCUGCGCUCCGGCGUUUCGUCGCCCGUCGAGGUCGGUGCAGUCGGUUAGUCUCUGACCAAGGCAAAAACUUCGUCGGUGCGAGCAACAUCCUCCAACGUCUCGUGGAGGAUGCUGCCGCACGCGAAGCAAUUCAUUUCGAAUUUAACCCGCCAGGGAGCCCACAUUUCUCGGGACUCGCUGAAGCCGGGAUCAAGGCGGUAAAGACACACCUCUCGCGCGUCAUAGGGAACCAAAGGCUGACGUACGAGGAGUUUUCGACGGUCUUAACUCAGGUCGAGGCUUUGCUGAACUCAAGGCCACUCACUCCUCUCAGCUCCGACCCUAAUGACUUUUCAGCCUUGACUCCGGGUCAUUUCUUGACCACAGAACCCCUGUCGGUCGUGCCUGAGGAGGAUCUGGCAGACGUCCGGGUUGGCCCUCUCCAACGCUGGAAGCUGCUGCAGAAAAUGCACCAAGACUUCUGGAGCAAAUGGUCUAAGGAGUACAUGCAUACUCUCCAACAGAGGAUGAAGUGGCACGACAAAGAGUCUAACAUCCAGGUCGGAGCACUCGUGCUCGUCAUAAACGAGCAGACGAGCCCAAUGAAAUGGCCCCUGGGUCGCAUCGUCGAGACACACCCCGGAUCCGAUGGAAUCUGUCGUGUGGUUUCCGUGCGCACUGCCACAGGGUUGUACAAACGGCCUGUGGUCAAGCUGUGCCCAUUGCCGGUGUAG